AGCUCCCGCAGCUCGUGCUCGUUGCCGAUCAUCCAGCGGCCGUUCUCAACACCAAAAAUCAUCGCACGCUCGCCCUCUCUCUUCGCCCCCGUGCGAGCCCAAUCUGGUUUCCGCCCCUCGCGUCCUUCCUCUCCUGCCCUCCGCUCCCUGGGCAUCUCGAGCCCGUCGUUGUCUACGGCUUCUGCUUCCUUCCCGUCUCACCGUCUCCCCCCUCCCCGCCUGGCUGGGCGACGGUGCUUCUGUGACACUGUGUUCUGCCCGACUCGCCCACCCCUCCAGCUGCAAUGGCCGCAGCCUCGAGCCCGUCCUUGACCCGUAUUCGUCGCGAGCGCGUGGUGCAGCCCUCGUCCCUCCGCCUGUCCCGUCUCCUCGCUCCGCUCAUCUUCGCGCUCACAGAUGUCCCCUUCUCGUACGCAGCGCCGCUGCUGCACGCGCACAAUCACGGCGUCGAGCCCGCGCCCGCGGAGGACGCCAGCCUGUGGAUCUACUUGGGCACCGCAGUGGCAUUGGUCCUUCUCGGAGGCGUCUUUGCCGGCUUGACUAUCGCCUUGAUGGGCCAGGACGAGAUCUACCUCCAAGUCCUGGCCGCCUCCGGCGAAGGCUCCGAGCGACGCAACGCGAAGAAAGUGCUCAAUCUGCUGAAACGCGGCAAGCACUGGGUUCUGGUCUCGCUGCUGCUCGGCAACGUCAUCACAAACGAGACCCUGCCCAUUGUCUUGGACAGGUCGCUCGGUGGAGGCUGGCCAGCCGUGCUGAGCUCGACCGUGUUGAUCGUCAUCUUCGGUGAAAUCGCGCCCCAGUCCGUCUGUGUCCGCUACGGCCUGCCCAUUGGCGCCUGGUGCGCUCCUCUCGUCCUCUCGCUCAUGUGGAUGCUCAGCCCGGUUGCAUGGCCGACCGCGAAGCUCCUCGAUUACCUGCUCGGCGAAGACCAUGGCACCGUAUACAAGAAAGCAGGCCUGAAGACGCUCGUCACCUUGCACAGGACACUUGGCGAGAGUCCAACCGAGAGAUUGAACCAGGACGAGGUCACGAUCAUCAGCGCCGUGCUUGACCUGAAGGACAAGCCGGUGGGUGCCAUCAUGACACCCAUCUCGGACGUCUUCACCCUGUCUCUCGAUACCGUCCUCGACGAAGCUAUGAUGGACAAGAUCCUUGCAGAGGGAUAUUCAAGAAUACCAAUCUACGCCGUCAACAACCCCCGUGACUUUGUGGGAAUGCUGCUCGUCAAGAUGCUCAUCACGUACGACCCUGAGGAUGCCCUCCGUGUGCGCGACUUCCAGCUCGCAACUUUACCCGAGACCCGACCCGAGACCAGCUGUCUCGACAUCAUGAACUUCUUCCAGGAGGGCAAGUCUCACAUGGUUCUCGUGUCCGACUACCCUGGCGAACCGCGCGGUGCGCUCGGUGUCCUCACGUUGGAGGACGUCAUCGAGGAAUUGAUUGGCGAAGAGAUUGUCGACGAGAGCGACGUAUUCGUAGAUGUACACAAGGCAAUCCGGAGACUGAAACCGGCGCCUUUCAACCGGAUACGCCGUGUGGAAAAAGGUGAGAUCGUCACUGAUCCGGAUCCUCAGGUUCCCGACACCGAGCAGGAGGGCGACAUGGACGCCGAACGGAGAUCGAGAAAGGGCUCCUUCGCCGAAAGCGGCAGCAGAAAGGCCUCGCUCGAACUAGGGAGGAGCCCGACCCACGGCCAGACACUGUACUUGAGAAGAAAAAGCAGCGGCGGUGAGCAGGUUUCGGUUCGUUCGGAUACCGAGGAGAUGAGACAGCAUCUGCGCGCCCAUCUGGGCCCAUCCAACGUAGCGUCACGGCCGAAAAGCACAAGGAUUGGCACCGUCAAGAUCAAGCCUGGCCUGGGACAGAUGACAACUCUGCCGGAGACCCAGCAGCUGCCAGCCGACGGACGGCCCCCUCCGGAACGCGUGCGGACGGAUGAAGUUCUCGAAACGGAUGACGAGGCGAACGAAACCACUAGUCUUCUCUCUGCCGGGCGCGAAGCAAGCGAUGCCACUCAUGCCAUUGGCUACGGGGCGUUCAGCAGCCCAACAGCCAAGACGAAGGACAUGAAAGUUUCGAGCCUUGUUCGAGCCCAAACAAAUGGCUAUCAGCCGGAGGAACCGUCGCCACUGCGAAAUGGAAGCGUUGAUACCUCGCCACAAAAUUCACGGUCACGCAAGUCAUCUCACAGUCGUCAUCUUCAGACGCCUCCCAAGAUGGUCAUCGACCUCAGCUCAUCCAAGGACGACGUAAAGCAAAGACAUGCUGAUGACGAGCACUCUCCCAAGCCGCCCAAAGACGAGACGCUUAAAAAUUCCAGCUACGUUGCUGUAUCAGCAGCGGACGGCUCCGGCAGCCCAGCUGGAUCUGCUUCUGUUGUUGGUAGUCUGCACUCAAUCGACAGCGAAGAGCCGAGAAAGAAACGGCUCAGCGCAAGAAGUGGUAGCAUAACUGAGCAGGUUGUCGAAGUGGAUGGUGUACGAAAAAUCAUUCUCGAAACCACGAGCUCGAGUGACGAGGUUGAACAGGAGGAGGCGCAUGUUGAUGUCAAAAAGACUAGCGAAGAGUCUGCAGACAAGAAGAAGAAGAAGAGGAAGAAGAGAGCGGGCAAAAAGAAGCACAAGAAGGACGAGAGCGGUGAAUCAGCGCCACUGCUGGGUGGCGCGAAAUCCAAGUGAAGCAGAGAGCGGACGGAAAAGAGUCGAGCGUUCCACGACCCGGUUCUCUUUGCAAUUCAUGCUUUCAGCAGAAUUACGGCUGUUUCAGGGCGGACGGUCCGCGCAAAAGAUGGAGAAACAGGACUACGAGAAUGUCCAUGUCUAGUUGGCGAAGCUAGAUAUUCCAUCGGAUGACUUUUUCUUUUCGCGGCCUCAGUACGGGUGGAUUUAGCGAUGUACUAUUACCUGUGAUAUGCACACAAACAUAAAAAGUCGAUUCUAAGUUGCU